CUAAUAAUAAUAAUAUAGUAUAUAUAGAUAGAUAUAUAUAUAUAUAGAUAUAUAUGUACAUAUGCUCAGCUAUAUAUAUAUGAACAAUUAGAUGAUGAGCCCCUUCGGUUCCAAAAAGAACCGAUCGCUGCCGGUUCGCGUGAGCACCUUUGACUCGGAACUGGAAUUUGAGCUGGAACCGCGCUCCACUGGACAGGAACUAUUUGAUCUGGUUUGUCGCACAAUUGGUUUACGGGAAUCCUGGUAUUUUGGCCUACAAUAUGUGGAUACCCGGAAUCAUGUCACCUGGCUCAAAAUGGACAAAAAGGUCAAAGAUCAGCGAGUGGAGCUGCACAACAACAACAGCAACAACAACAUUUAUAUAUUCAGUUUCUAUGCGAAAUUCUUUCCGGAGAACGUGAGCGAGGAGCUGAUCCAGGAGAUCACACAGCAUCUGUUCUUUCUGCAGGUCAAACAGAGCAUUCUCUCCAUGGACAUAUAUUGCCGGCCAGAGGCGUCGGUUCUGCUCGCCUCCUAUGCGGUGCAUGUACAAUACGGGCCAUAUGACUAUGAGAGCUACAAGGACGGCAUGUUGGCGGGGGGCGAAUUACUCCCGAAGGGGGUCACAGAUCAGUACCAAAUGACGCCCGAGAUGUGGGAGGAACGCAUCAAAACCUGGUACAUGGAUCAUGAGCCCAUGACGCGUGAUGAGGUGGAAAUGGAAUAUUUGAAAAUCGCACAAGAUCUGGACAUGUAUGGUGUUAACUAUUUUCCUAUUACAAAUAAGAACAAAACCAAAUUGUGGCUGGGAGUGACAGCCGUGGGUCUAAAUAUCUAUGAUGAGCGGGACAAGCUAACCCCAAAGACAACGUUCCAAUGGAACGAGAUUCGUCACGUCAGUUUCGAUGAUAAGAAAUUCACGAUACGUUUAGUGGAUGCCAAAGUGUCCAAUUUUAUAUUCUAUUCGCAGGAUUUGCACAUUAAUAAAAUGAUUCUAGAUCUGUGCAAGGGCAACCACGAUCUCUAUAUGAGGCGUCGCAAACCGGACACCAUGGAAAUACAGCAGAUGAAGGCACAGGCAAAGGAGGAGAAGCAACGACGUCAGAUUGAGCGAAAGAAAUUCAUCAGGGAAAAGAAACUGCGUGAGAAGGCGGAACAUGAGCGUUACGAGCUGGAGAAACGUCUCGAGCAUCUGCAGGAUGAGAUGCGAAUGGCAAGCGAUGCACUGCGUCGGUCGGAGGAGACGAAGGAGCUGUACUUUGAGAAGAGUCGGGUGAACGAGGAGCAGAUGCAGCUGACCGAGUGCAAGGCGAAUCACUUCAAGACGGAGAUGGAUCGUCUUCGAGAGCGUCAGAUGAAGGUGGAGCGGGAAAAACACGAUCUGGAGAAGAAGAUACGAGAUGCGGAUUUCUAUGUACUUCAAUUAACCGUAGAGAACGAUAAACGAGAAGCGGAAACGGAAAAGCUAAAAAAGGAACUGAUCUGUGCCAAAAUGGCGGAAAGAGAAGCAACCGCUAGAUUAUUGAAUUUCCUCAACAGUGGCCGCAAAUCGUCUACAGACAGUCUCUUGACCUCUUCCACAGUGUCCCAGGCGAAUGUGAAUCAAGUUUCAAAUAUGGCGGCAAUAAGUACGCCAUCUUUAACCACAAGUAGCUCCACAAAUGAUAUGGAAACCGCUGGCGGAGCUGAUCUGACAACCACAACAUCAUUAUCAUCAUCAUCACAUUAUAAUAUUGUCAUCGGCGAUAAUUCCAGCGGCAUAUCCGAUGACUUUGAACCCAAGGAAUUUAUUUUGACCGAUAAUGAAAUGGAACAAAUCACCAAUGAAAUGGAACGCAGUCAUUUGGAAUAUUUGCGAAAAUCGAAGAAACUUGUUCAAAAUCAACUUCAAACAUUACGCACAGAAAUUGCACCGCAUAAAAUCGAGGAGAAUCAAAGUAAUCUCGAUAUUUUGAGUGAGGCACAAAUUAAAGCCGGCGAAAAUAAAUAUUCGACUUUAAAGAAAUUGAAAUCGGGCUCGACAAAGGCGCGAGUUGCUUUCUUUGAAGAGCUUUGAAAAAACCCCAAAACUGACUAUACUAUAUAUUUGUAUGUUUUUCUAAUACUCCAACUGCAACUAUAUAUAUACAUUAUGUUAUACAUAUCUCUGUAUCUGUUUAUCGGUGUACACCAUGUCAAUAGCUGUAAGCAAAAAUCAAAACAAUAAAUGUUCAAAAUUGACUCAAAACUUA